AAAUAUACUUGAAUUUGUUGUGACUCCAGAUUACAGGUGGACCAAAAAAUAAAUUCCAAAUAAAUUAAUUAUUUAGAAUUUAAAACACUUUGAAAGUCACAGUGUUAAAAAAUUUGAAACUAAAUUAAAAAAAUGAUGCUGCAUCUGAUCUCUGGGGGAAUUUGUUGUCGUGUGAGCAAAAAACUCAAAUACCCUAAAGAGGAGUUCUCUUGGUUAUGAGUAAAUUAAUCGAUUGUUCACGUUAACCUCUAAGAGUGUUUUCCAAACUGUAAAUUGAUUGAACUCUACGUUUGGAAUAUAAUGUCGAUAAUGUCGCAAUUAUCGAUUGAGAAAAUGAUAGAUUUGGCGAUGUUUUAGCUGUUUGAAAUUAGGGAAGCUGGAAAAAAUCCUUCAACAUGGCUUCUAAUAACAAUCAGCAGAAUGGAUGGUUGAGUGGCUUAGGAAUGGGGUUUGGGGGCUCCUUAAGUUGUGUUCCGGAACAACAGCAACAACAACAACCGGGGGCUUCCACAGAUCCAAAUCAAUUUGAACAACUAGAUAGGACAAGUGCUGGCAGUAACACUCUUAAGAGAAAUCCCAAAAUGGAACUUUCAAAAACCGAUCUUCUUAAAUUAGUCACGUAUUUUGAAGGUGAAAUUCAGGCUCGAGAUAUUGCAAUUGCCACCUUGAAGUCUGAGAGGUUGAAACAAGUGGUGAAUGUGGGACGCUAUAGACCAGCGGUGGCCUCUGACCCCUACACAGCUUUACUUAGAGACAGUAUUGCAGAUGGACCAAAUGCGAAACCUGUUAUAAAUGAACAAGAAAUGGCUGUUGCAGCUGAACAACAGUUGCAAGCCCUAGAACAAUUAGCGCUACAACAAAGACGUGCUCAUCAACAUAUGAUAAAUAUACUAAAAGAAGCUGAAGCAAAACAUAGGAAAGUUAUACAAGACCUAGAAGAAGAGAAAUGUAAACACGAACAUGAUACUGCUCAAGGUGACGAUAUCACCUAUGGUUUAGAAAUGGAGAGAACUAGACUAAGACAAGAAUUGGAAAUGGAAAGGGCUGCAAGGAAAAAAUUAGAAAAAGAAGUUAAAAAACAAUUAGAAAUGGCUGAUGAAGAAAGAGCGAGACAAAAACAAAUUGUUCUGCUUCUACUAGCUGAAAGGAAAAAAAUUAUAGUCAAAUAUAUCGAGGAGAGAAAAAGAAGUGAAGAUUUAGCACAAAUAUUAUCUGAAGAAAAAUCAAGGAUUGAUAGUAUGGCUGAAGGUUUAGAAGAAGAAAGCAAAAAAUCACUUCAAAUGGAGGCUGAACUUGAAAAACAAUUACAUGUUUUCGAAGCUGACAAAAAAUCAUUAACACAACAACUUGCCAUAAAAGAGGCUAGAUGUCAAGAAUUGGAAGCUGAAUUACAAAAAUUAAAAUCAGAUUAUGAAUUACUUAAAACUCGAAAUAACACAACUUGUGAUAGUGCAGCUCCUAUGAUUAGUAGUGUAGCUAAAGUGGUACAACCGACGGCGACUGUUUCAAGUGUCCCAGUUUCAGGCCCUACAACGGGCAUUGCUCAGUCUGUAACACCGGGUCAGGCUCUGCGUCAGACAGCAAUUGCGCCCCCUGUGCCAAAGUUAAUUUCAACACAGCCACCAGUAACGCGAUCUCAACCGAAAGCAGCAUUUCAAUACCAAGCGACCACUGCCCCCCAAACGCCCCCCAAGAAGGGGGCCGUGGCGGGACGAGGUGUCCCUCCGCCAAUUCCCCCCAAUAAACCUGUCAUUCCCUGCAAACAAACACCAGCUCGACGACCUGAUGGUACCGAGUCUGAGAAAAAAAAAAGCAAUGUUGGUAGUAAGGAAGCAGCACCAUCUUCCGGUGAACCAAGUCGUAGUGGCUCGCAAGGAAUUGAAAUCUUAGGUCAAGAGUUGGCCGAUUUUCAACAAAUGUUUGUUACUAUGGCAACUAGCAAUAAUACUUAGGAGUAAUUGUGGAAUUUAUUUGUUGACAGGUUGGGGUCUGACGGUAAUCAGAAUUGACCUCAGAAGUCCACUUCUUAUGUGAUAAUUACUAAAUUAAAUCUAUACUUGACUUGCAUAGUGCAUGAGUUAGAAUUAUUUUUUUACUUUGGCACUGCAACUUUAGCCCAGUAACUUUUCUUGGGGCGGAUCAAGACGGCUGCGUGUACUAAAUCUCUAAUUGUGACUGAAAUAUCUCGAAUACUUUAUAGCGGAAUUGAUGUGCAUUGCAUUUUAUUUAAUUUAUCAUAUCGUUUUAUUUGCUUUUAUACUUAGGGACAAGUAUUGUUAUUUAAAUUGAGCUACUUAAAUUUGGUUGUAUUUUUAUACAAAUAAACUUUUUUUUCAUAUUA